GUUUCACAUUUACAAAAAUAGACUAAAAAUACAAAACUGCAACAAAAAGACAAAGUUCACGAUCCAACAUCGUAUCUGAAAAGUGAGGAAUCAAAGGCAUCAUGACGUGGAUCAUCAUCGUUGUCAUUAUCAUCACUGCCGCUUUUGUAUAGAAACCAACAAAAACAUCCUUGAGCCCACUCCUUUCCCAUUUUCUUAGCUUUGCGUGCGUUCUUAUCCACUUGUCAAAGAAAGCUACAAAAUUUCAUUAAAUAAGGACCCAACUUUCUUGCGUCUUAUCUCUCUGUCUCAUUCAUCUGCUCUGUUUGCUGUGAUCUAUCUCUCUCCUCUGCUUUUCUUUUAUCCAAAAGGGAUAGUUUAAAAGUGCAGAAAGUUUCGAUUUUGUUCUCGAAACUUCUCGAGUUCGUGGAAAUGGGUUCUUCUGUGGAGCAGAACAUUCUUGUUACUGGUGGCGCUGGAUUUAUUGGGACACAUACUGUUGUUCAGCUUCUGAAAGAGGGUUUUAAGGUUUCGAUCAUUGAUAAUCUUGAUAACUCUGUUAUCGAAGCCGUCGAUAGGGUUAGGGAGCUCGUUGGUCCUGAUCUCUCAAAUAAGCUUGAGUUUAAUCUGGGUGAUCUAAGAAACAAAGGGGAUAUUGAGAAACUUUUCUCCAAGCAGAGAUUCGAUGCUGUGAUCCAUUUUGCGGGUCUUAAAGCUGUGGGUGAAAGUGUUGGCAACCCUCGUCGCUACUUUGACAAUAACUUGGUGGGAACAAUCAAUCUAUAUGAGGCCAUGGCAAAAUACCACUGCAAAAUGAUGGUGUUUUCAUCAUCUGCAACUGUUUAUGGACAACCUGAGAAAAUUCCAUGCGUGGAAGACUUUGAAUUGAAAGCAAUGAAUCCUUAUGGCCGUACUAAGCUCUUUCUUGAAGAAAUAGCUAGAGACAUCCACGCAGCGGAACCAGAAUGGAGGAUUGUUCUGCUGAGGUACUUCAAUCCUGUGGGAGCACAUGAGAGUGGCAGAAUUGGUGAGGAUCCAAAGGGAAUCCCUAAUAACCUCAUGCCUUAUAUCCAACAAGUGGCUGUGGGACGUCUUCCUGAGCUCAAUGUCUACGGACAUGACUAUCCUACCGAGGAUGGCAGUGCGGUAAAAUUUAAAUCACAUCUCGAAAUUCCAGGCUCUCUGAUGCUUGUUGAAAACGCUAGCCUUGUAAGAGAUUACAUCCAUGUGAUGGACUUGGCAGAUGGCCAUAUCGCUGCGCUGAGGAAGCUAUUUGCUGAUCCGAAGAUUGGCUGUACUGCUUACAAUCUAGGGACUGGACGAGGAACGUCUGUGUUAGAAAUGGUUGCAGCUUUUGAAAAAGCUUCCGGCAAGAAAAUACCUAUCAAGCUCUGUCCAAGAAGGGCGGGAGAUGCAACUGCAGUUUAUGCUUCAACAGAGAGAGCUGAGAAAGAACUUGGCUGGAAGGCAAAAUACGGAGUUGAUGAGAUGUGCAGAGAUCAGUGGAACUGGGCAAACAACAAUCCAUGGGGCUACCAGAAGAAGCUUUGAGUGUAUACUCUCUCCCUGUGUUUUUCGUAUCUACCAUGUCUAAUCGCUCAAUAUAGAAGAAAAGUGUUUAUACACAUCAUAUAGCGCUUGCUUCAUUUUUCCAUGUAUCGAACCAGACUCCUACUUCAUUGAAUAAAUAGCUUUUUACACAUCA